AUGCUAGACUGGAAUCUUUUCCCAGCAGGCGCUUACGUCGCGCUGGCGGUGAUUUUCCUGACUCUGACUAUUCGGACAUGCGUUCGCCCCAAUUCAGCUAGUUCAGGACUCCCAUGGGCCGGACGUCGACCUGAGUUCUUGGCCGAUAUCAGAGCAUGCCUGCGCGAAUACACAUCGGGUCUGAAGACAAUGAUCUCUGGCUAUAACAAAUUCGGCUUGAAAGGAAUGCCAUGGAUUCUUCCUGGGACCGGCUUCCAAACCCAAGUGAUGCUUCCAAUAGAACACAUCAAAUGGGUCAUCGAUCAGCCGGAUGAUGUUUUGUCCCAUGGGCAAUUUCACGGAGAACGGCUGGGCCUCAAAUACUUUUUGCCUGGGUUCGACUUCACUUCCCAGAUGGCUACCGUUGAGGCCCUUCGGCUUCACCUCACACGCAGUCUAGGAAAGAUCCAGGGUGACCUCAUGGAUGAGUUACGUCGUUCGGUUGAUGAAGCUUUUGGGAUGGAUGAGGAAGAGUGGAAAGAAUUGAACGUAUAUGAUGCAUUCAACGAUGUCGUCUUCCAAAUGAGCGGACGUGUUCUCUUCGGUCCAGUCCUGACCCAUAACAGACACUUUAUGGCCCAACUCAAGCGCUUGGCUACUUGGUUUGGCGCAGGUACCCUCAUCAUUGGCCAAUUGGUUCCGUGGCAGCUCAAGCGAGUCCUUGGCUUCCUCUAUGCUUUACCAACUGCCUACUAUCGCUCAAUGUCGGGAUCUAUUGCCUCGUCCACUGCGGUGUUCAGCGGCGCCGUUCUCGAUCUACUUGCUUCUGAUCCGCAACUGAAUUACUACCAGCUGUUGCGGGAGGAGUGUGAUUCUGCCUUCCAAACAGAAGAUGACUGGACCAGCUCAGUCACACUCUUGAAAUUGCAUCGAGUGGAUAGUGCACUUCGUGAAAGUCUCCGACGCAACCCUUCCCUGCUUCGUGGUCACUCUCGCAUGGUGAUGCCCAAAGAAGGUGUCACUCUUCCAAACGGCCAACACAUUCCACAAGGAUGGAUGAUUGGUUUCCCAAUCGGGGCCGUCCACGCUGAUCCUCAGUACUACGACGAGCCUGAUUUGUACAAUCCAUUCCGCUUCUUACCGAAGGAAAAUGCUCCAAAGGCCAUGAUGGUGACUACCAGUCACACUUAUCUUUCUUUCGGCCACUCUAAGUACUCCUGUCCUGGUCGUUGGUUUGCAUCCCAUCUGAUGAAAUCACUCUUCUCAUAUCUCCUCGUCCAUUAUGAUAUGGAGCCGCUGAAGGAAAGGCCGCUGAACAUGGUUGUGGGAGAUCUCCUGUUCCCUCCUCCGUCCACUACGAUCCGUGUACGUCGUAGAGUGAGAGCCGCUGCCCAGUGA